AUGGCCCUUUCAUUUCUAAAGGUGAUAUCACAGGAGUCCGUCCAAUUGAGAGAUGUGGCUGUGACCUUUUCUCCGGAGCAGUGGGCUUACCUGAGCUCUGAAGAGAGACAAUUGUAUACGGAUGUGAUGCUGGAUAACCUUGAUUACCUAGUGUCUUUGGGACACUGGACUUAUAAGGCAGAAGUGGUAUCCGCUUUGAGGCAAGGGAAGGACCUUUGGAUGGUGGAGAAAGAGGUGACAAGUGCUCCAUGCCCAGCAUGUCAGCCAGCAUUGGUGAAUUACGAUACCCUUAACGAAUCUGAGAGUAUCAUCAGACAAACCUCUCACCAUGCUAAAUAUAAGAAAAUUUGUAUUUUUGUCCAGCGUUAUGAAUGUGAGGACUGCAGCAUGGCUUUCAACCAUAUCUCCCAUCUCACUGGACAUCAGAGAAUUCACAAGGUAGAGAAAGCCCACAGACCGGGUCAAACCACAAAGGCCUUUAGGCAUGGCCCAUCAUUUACAACACUCCAAAGCAUUUAUAUUCUAGAUAAAUACUUGGAGUGUAACCAGUGUGGCAAAACCUUUACCAGUGCUUCGAAGUUUAUUCAACACCAGAACGUGCACAGCGGACUGAAGCCAUAUAGAUGUGGUGUGUGUCAGAAGGCCUUCAGAUUUCUCUCCUCCUUUCAGACCCACCAGAGAUUUCACACCGGAAAGAGACCGGCCCUGAUUCUCCAUCACAAGCCUCCCACUCAAAAGAAACUCUUCACCUGUAAGUCUUGUGGGAGGGCCUUUGACACUUUCUCAGAAAAGAUGCAACACCAAAAGAUUCAUGUUAGGAAGAAAUAUUACACAUGUAAUGACUGUAAAAAGGACUUCAGUCCAUACUCGAAAUUUAUCCUACAUCAAAGAGUUCAUACUGGAGAGAGACCGUAUACAUGUAAUGAAUGUGGAAAAUCCUACAAAAGCAUCUCAAAUCUUAAAAAACAUCAGAAAAUUCAUACUGGAGAGAGGCCCUUUUCAUGUAAUGAGUGUAAAAAGACCUUUACCCAGCACAUAGAUCUUCAACGUCAUCAACACGUCCAUACUGGAGAGAAACAUUACAUGUGCAGCAGUUGCAAAAAGACCUUUGUCCGUUUCUCAGAUCUAACUGAACAUCGAAGGACUCAUACCGGAGAGAGGCCAUACCAGUGUGAUGUUUGUAAAAAAACUUUUAAAUAUCACUCAAACCUUAGCAAACAUCAGAAAAUUCAUUCUGAAGAGAAGCCUUUCACGUGUGACGAAUGCCAAAAGACCUUUCGCUAUUGCUCAGACUUUCAACGACAUAAAAACAUUCACACCAAGGAGAAAGUCUAUCAGUGCGAUGAAUGUCAGAAGGUUUUUAACAAUAAUUCAAAUCUUAAUAAACACAAGAAAAUCCAUACCGGAGAGAAACCUUUUGUAUGUGAUCAAUGUGGAAAGGCUUUUAGCUUAAACUCAAAACUUACUCGACAUCAGAAAACUCAUGAUAAAAAGAAACCUUAA